AUGACCGCCUGUUUUGGCGCUACUUUGGAUGAGAUCAUUAAGGAUCUGACGGGGGGUAAGAGCACCUUCUUACCUCAGGCGCGCAAGAAGGAGCAGCGGCGGAGGCCGGGGCCUUCCUUUUCCGCUCACAAGCUGCUUUUUCGCCUUCCGAGAACGGCGGUAAGCUCACGAGAGCCGCUCUCUCCCAGUCUCACAAGCGUCCCUGGCAGCCGAAGCCCGCCGUUUUUGGUUCUUCAUAGGGACAAGGCUGUUCUCCGCCCUCGGCCGCCCUUCCUGCCUAAGGUCGUGUCGGCUUUUCAUUUGAAUGAGGACAUUGUUUUGCCGUCUUUAUGCCCAAAGCCGGUUCACAGGAAGGAAAGGGCGCUGCAUUGCCUGGAUGUGGUGCGCGCUCUUCGGGUUUAUUUGGAAGCUACUGCUUUCCGUGAGACUGAUUCAUUGUUCGUCCUCACGGGGGGUCCUCGUAAGGGCCGGGCCACGGCGGCUACCGUUUCACGAUUGAUUUGUGCUGUGGUUGUUCAGGCGUACGCUGUUAAGGGGCAACCACCCAACAGCCCAGAAAGUCUUUCAGUGGAUGCUGUUGAUGAUACCUCUCUAUCCUUGAGAUGGAAAGCUCCUGAGAAAGAAGGCACCUAUAUCAUUGAUGGCUAUCUGCUUGAGUACCAAAAAGAAGGAAGUUCAGACUGGGUAGCCGUGAACAAGGAACCUAGCAUUUCAACCCAUUACAAGAUUACCAAUUUGACUACUAAUGAAAAGAUUCUACCUCGUGUUUCAGCAGUCAGCAAAGCUGGAUCCAGUGCUCCAGAAGCUCUGGAACACUUUGUGCUGGUCCGAGAAAUCGUCGAUCGCCCCAAAAUCCGUCUCCCAAGAAACCUGCGUCAAACAUUUGUGAGGCAAGUUGGAGAGGCUGUGAAUCUUGUUAUUCCUUUCCAGGGUAAGCCAAAGCCUCAAGUUAUAUGGACUAAAAAUGGACAGCCCUUGGACCCCAAACAAGCGAGUGUCAGGAAUAGUGAAAGCGAUACUAUUCUUUUUAUUCGCAAAGCUGAACGAAAAGACUCUGGAACAUAUGAGGUCUUAGUUAAAAUUGAUGACCUGCAGGAUAAAGCCAAGAUUGACAUACAAAUUGCUGAACGGCCUGGCCCCCCCAAGAGCAUUAAGCUGGUGGAUGUAUGGGGCUUCAAUGCAGCUCUUGAAUGGACACCUCCUCAGGAUAAUGGAAAUGCAGAAAUUACAGGUUAUACUGUGCAGAAAUCAGAUAAGAAAACUGGGGAAUGGUUUACCGUCCUUGAGAAUUAUCGCCAACUUAACUGCACUAUUUCUGACUUGAUCAUCGGAAAUUCCUACUUCUUCAGGGUAUUUGCUGAAAACCUGUGUGGACUUAGUGAGAAAGCUGCUACAACUAAAGAUGCUGCUUUAGUAAAGAAACAAGUAAAUACAUACAAGCCUCCUGAGUAUAAGGAUUGUGCUUUGACAGAAGCACCAAAGUUCACUCAGCCUCCUAAUGACCGAACAACAACACAUGGAUAUACUACGAAACUAGUGUGCAGCGUUCGUGGCAGCCCCAAGCCUAAAGUUGUCUGGAUGAAAAAUCAAAUGGAAAUUCGGGAAGAUCCCAAGUUUCGGUCCCUUGUCAACCAAGGUGUAUGCUCCCUUGAAAUCCGAAAACCUAGCCCAUUUGAUGGUGGUGUGUAUACUUGCAAAGCCAUCAACUCUCUGGGAGAGGCAAAAGUAGAAUGCAGACUUAAUGUCAAAGUACCGCAGCUCUAA